AUGGGAAGAGCAUUUGUGUAUGUUAUUCUUGGAGGAGGAGUGGCAGCUGGGUAUGCAGCUCUUGAAUUCACAAAGAAAGGAGUCUCACCUGGCGAACUUUGCAUCAUCUCUGAAGAAACUACAUUUUCAGCGUUUAAGUCUGCAGUUAUGCCGGCUUCAGAACUUGGCAUCAUAGUAUUGAAGGUGCACAAUGAAUUUGAUUCAUAUGGUAGUCGUGAAUAUGUUCCACCUUAUGAGAGACCUGCAUUGACCAAAGGUUAUUUACUUCCUGAAGCUCCAGCACGCCUUCCAUCAUUUCACACUUGUGUUGGAGCUAAUGAGGAAAGGUUGACUCCCAAAUGGUAUAAAGAACACGGAAUUGAAUUGGUUCUUGGGACUCGAGUAAAGUCUGUUGAUGUGAGGCGCAAGACACUACUAACUGCAGUUGGUGAGACUAUAAGCUACAACAUUCUCAUCAUUGCAACAGGUGCUCGGGCUUUGAAGCUUGAAGAAUUUGGAGUGAGUGGAUCAGAUGCUGAAAAUGUUUGUUAUUUACGAGAUUUAGCUGAUGCAAACAGGGUUGUUGAUGUGAUACAAUCUUAUGCUGGUGGGAAUGCUGUUGUUAUUGGUGGUGGCUAUAUAGGAAUGGAGUGUGCUGCUUCUUUGGUGACAAAUCGAAUAAAUGUGACAAUGGUUUUCCCAGAAGCACAUUGUAUGGCUCGCUUGUUUACACCCAAGAUUGCAAGUUAUUAUGAAGGUUAUUACAACUCAAAAGGAGUUCAAUUUGUAAAAGGAACUGUCUUGUCAUCUUUUGAUAUUGACCACAAUGGAAAGGUAACCGCUGUUAAUCUUCGGGAUGGAAGUCGGCUUCCUGCUGACAUGGUGGUAGUAGGCAUCGGAAUCCGUCCAAACACGAGCCUGUUUGAAGGCCAACUAACUUUGGAGAAAGGUGGGAUCAAGGUAAAUGGACGAAUGCAAACGAGCAACAACUCGGUCUAUGCAGUUGGAGAUGUUGCUGCAUUUCCAGUGAAACUAUUUGGUGAAACACGUAGGCUAGAGCAUGUUGACUCGGCCCGAAAAACAGCAAAACAUGCUGUUGGUGCCAUAAUGGAGCCUGAGAAAACAGAUGAAUUUGACUACCUCCCGUUUUUCUAUUCAAGAGUCUUCACAUUUUCUUGGCAGUUUUAUGGGGACAAUGCAGGGGAAGUGGUGCAUUUUGGGGAUUACUCAGGGAAAACAAUUGGUGCAUACUGGAUAAGCAAAGGUCAGCUUGUUGGAUCUUUCCUUGAAGGAGGAACGAAAGAAGAUUAUGAAGCGCUAGCCAAGACUACUAGACUUAAGCCAGCAAUAGAUGACAUAACUGAGCUGGAAACGCAGGGUUUGGGCUUUGCACUGACAGUUAGUAAGAAACCACUGACAUCACCUCUUGAUGUAAGCCCUUCUACCCUUGUUCUGGAGAGGCCAUUGUUUGCGUGGCAUGCAACAGCUGGUGUCAUCAUGGCUGCAUCAAUAGCUGCAUUUGCUUAUUGGUAUGGGAGGAGGCGCCGGAGGUGGUGA